CUUUAAAUAUUUACAUUCAAAAAAUGAUUAUUUUUUUAGCCUCAACAGCAAAUUUAAAAUCCAAACAAACCGAACAACAACCACAACUUUUAAAUUCAUUUGUUGAAUUAUUAUCUAGUAGUAACGGAAGUAGUGAAGUUGUUCAACAUGUAACUGGAAAUUUAGAGAAAAUUUUGCCUUUUUUAUUUAAAGAAAUAAAUUCUAAUGAAAAUAAGAAAAAUACAGAAAAACUUCAAACAAAAUUAAACCAAUUAAUUAUUAACUGUAAUUCAUUAUUGAGAGGUACUGGAUUUUGGAGGGCCCAUGAAUCUUAUUUAAAUUCUAUUGCAUCACUUAAAAAUCUUUUAAGUAUUCGAGAAAUAAAACAAAAUUUUGUGCCUUUAUUAAAACAAGAAGUACUUAAUGCGGUAAAAAAUUAA